AUGGUCAUGAAGUUCAUCUGGCAGCACAUCAUCUACCGGUUCGGUAUCCCCCGUCGGCUCUUCUCAGAUAACGAAAGGCAAGCAGAGGUCACCAACCAUGAAAUUCUCAAAAUCCUCCAUGCUUGGCUCGACCAUAUGGAAGGCAGCUGGGUCGAUGAGCUCCCCAGUGUACUGUGGGCGCUUCGUACGACUCCCAAGGAAGGGACCGGGGCAACUCCUUUCCACCUGGUGUACGGUGAAGAAUCGAUCGUCCCCGUCGAGGUCGGUGUUGAAUCCGAUCGGAUACAACACUACAGCGAGGACAACGCCGAGCGGAGGCUCUUGGAGCUGGAUUUGGUGGACGAGAUGCACACCAAAGCGGUAGUACGGCUGAUGGCCUACUGGCAAAGGGUGAGGCAGAACUACAACUGA